GGUUCGUCCCCGCGCGCGGCUUCGCAGUUGUUCUUCGAGUGCCGCUUCCGCUUCGGCGCGGAUCGGCUCCCGUUUCCCGUUCAUGGCCGGCCGCGGAGACAAGAAACCGGCGUCGCGGAAGGGCGGUUCCCCUCACGGAUCGGUCUAUGGAAGUUCUUCGGCACCACGAAAACAGGGUGCCUGUACAUUCUCUCCUUCGGUUAGCAGCAAAGAUUCAUCACUGCAAAAGUUGGUUACACCAGUUCAACCACAGAAACCUGUAGACUCCAGAAGCAGUCAGUCUAGUACAGGAUCUGACUCUGGAGCUGCCCCACUUGAUAUAUGCAUGAGUGCUAGCACAUGCGCUGUCAAGUUAAAACCUUCUAUACUCGAGACCAACAGAGAAAAAAGGCGAGACAGGGAAUGUUCCAAGGAUGUAGCUCCAUUGCAAUUGAGACCUGGAAUGGUUCUUUUGAAAAGAUUCAUAAAGCCUAAUGAUCAGGUUAAAAUUGUCAAACUUUGUCGGCAACUUGGUGUUGGUCCCGGGGGAUUUUAUAGACCUGGCUACCGAAAUGGUGCUAUGCUAAGACUGUGGAUGAUGUGCUUAGGGAAGAACUGGGAUCCAAAUUCAUACUCAUAUGGAGAUAGACGUCCGUUUGAUGGUGCUCAACCACCGACCAUACCAGAAGAAUUCAAGAAGUUCGUUCAAGAUGUCAUCCAAGCUUCCAAUGAAUUUUUGAAACAACAAAAAGGAGCUGCCAAUGCUGUGCAAGAAAUACCUGCGAUGUCACCAGAUAUCUGCCUUGUUAACUUCUACAAUAGUAGCGGGAGGUUGGGUCUUCAUCAGGACAAAGAUGAAUCAAAGAGCAGCCUUGACAAGGGAUUGCCUGUCGUUUCUUUUUCGAUAGGCGAGACCGCAGAAUUCUUGUACGGCGAUGUUAGAGAUCAAGAGAAGCUUUCAAAGGUUGACCUUGAAUCUGGUGACGUCCUGAUAUUUGGUGGUCAGUCAAGGCUCAUAUUCCACGGGGUUUCCACCACCAAACCUAAAACGGCACCAAAGUGGCUGAUGGACGAGACAAAUCUUCGACCUGGGCGUCUGAAUCUCACAUUCAGGCAAUACUAGGCAGGUUUCUCUUCUUUUUUUGUUUACAUAAACAGAGGAGGAAAACAUUCCCCACCUUGAGCCUUGCUUUGAAAUAGCGAAGAACUUGCUGUUCUAUCAGAUGAAAUUUAGUAUAUGGUAUAGCAAUGAAGCCAUAUAAUUGAAUCAAAGCAGACACCAAGAAUAGACUACACUCGUAAAGGCUCAUGAUACUUGGGUUACUUUACAAGUAGAGAUCACUUAUCUUUCUCAUAUUCCCGCAUGUUCUUAGCUAAAGGUAGGAAGAUCUAUCUACAGUAACUGAAAACCACGACUUCAUGGCUACUCACUUGAAUGUUUGCUUUCAUGGCCAA